AUGAGGAGGCCCAAGGAUAUAUUCGACGCAGACAGUUCAGAAAGUGACGCAUCAAGCAGCGACGAAGAGAAUAUUGAGGCUCGCCCAGUUUCCUCUGAAUCCAAAAGUAUUUCUCCGGAGAUUGUAGACUUGAGCAGCGAGGAAAUCGAGAGUGAGGUCUCAGAGGUCGCUGAUGCGGAAAGUUCAUCGGACCCCAUUGAUUUGAAGCGACAACACAGUGACUCGGAUCUAUGUGUGGUUGGCGAGAAAAAGAUUAAGAUCGAUGAAGUCGUUGAUCUUGUUUCGGAUGAAGAAAACGAAGCACCGGAAGCACCAAGUCGAACAGUGACCGUUACUUUCGAUUGUAUUAUACCUGACCGUAAAGGGAUCACGACAGAAUCAAUGAGCUCGUCAGAGCCUUUCCGGCGACUGUUUCAGAUGUUCCCUUCAUCAAGCAUAUUUCUGUCAAACAGAGUCUCAAUUCUUUCGUUUUCGGCCCCUUCCAUGAUAACGGACGCGCCGACGCUUAGCAUCAUGGUAAUGACCCCACGACAGUACGAAAACGGAGAGUAUCUGUCAAGUUUGGCUCACAGUGAGCCUGCUCAGGACAUUACACAACUAUUUAUUGCUAUCAACUGCCAAGAUGGAUCCCGGAUCGGCGUCAUGUCGGAUCCUGCAAAGCCCGUUCAAAAGCUCAUUGACUUUGUUCGGACAGAAAAAGGGCUGGCCCCCGACCAUGAAGUGGUCCUCACAUUCGACGGCGACCCAUUAGAUCCAGAUACGGUUAUUGCCGACACAGAGCUCGAAGAUGACGACGUUAUUGAUGCUCAUUUCUAA